CCCGCAACAUAAAAGGGUUAUUGAGAAUAAGCAGCGGUGCAGAAGCAGUGUCAGUGUCUUGAGAGAGAGAGAAUGGCUUGCAGGCAAUUCUGGGCUUCACGAGCUGCUUCCUACCUUAGGGUUUCUCUCUUCAACCGAAGCUUUUCCGCUGUCAUUAAAGACCUGAAGUAUUGCGAUUCUCACGAGUGGGUGAAAGUAGAUGGAAAAUCUGCGACUAUUGGCAUAACUGAUCAUGCCCAAGAUCACUUGGGUGAUGUUGUAUAUGUUGAAUUGCCGGAAGUUGGGAAGGGUGUAACACAAGGAGAAAGUUUUGGUGCAGUUGAAAGUGUGAAAGCAACUAGUGAUAUUAACUCUCCUGUUUCAGGGAAAGUGGUUGAAGUUAAUGAAGAGCUUAACAGCUCUCCUGGUUUGGUUAACUCAAGCCCUUAUAAAGAUGGAUGGAUAAUCAAAGUUGAAGUCAGUGACAGUGGUGAACUAAACAACUUGAUGGAUUCAGAACAGUAUUCCAAAUUCUGUGAAGAAGAAGAUUCCAAGCAUUAAUUGUGUGCCCAAAAUAUCUUUCAAGCACUCUACAACAUACGUUGUGUAGAGAUCAUGUUAAAUUGGGAAAGCUAAGAAUUGUUUUGUCGUCUUCUCCUUUUGUACUUGUCUCUUGCUUUGACUGCUCUAUUUUUAUAUUUUCACGAGCUUUCUCCGGUUCAGUAGGAUUAUAUUUCUCUCCCUUUGCCAUGGAAGUAUGAAACAUAUAACCUGGUGAAUUUUCAUAAUAAAAAGCCUUGCGUUUUUUUACCCUUCUAA